AUGAUGUUCGAAAAUCUGGUGUCGGCGUUCAUAUUUGCCAGCCUCAACAGUAUUGGCAUCUGGCAUUCUGUUCCGUACACAGGAAUUAAUCCUUCCAACUCUUUUUUUUGGCGUGGUCUCGGCUCCUUGGAGAUUGCCUGGUCCAUCCAUGAGCUGCGCAAAGCUCACCCUUUUAUCUUCCCCCAUGAUGACGCAAUCUCGGAAUACGACCUUCUUCUGAAACUUGCACUCGAUGCCCAACAGUACGAAAAUGCCAGGCUGGCCCUGGAACAGUCGGCUGAAGCAGCAUCACUGCAACUCAACAUCCCAGAAGUGACAGCGUCCAUGUUCGACCCGAAUGCCAUAGCCAUACCAAGUCCGGUUCAUUUGAAUGAAAGUGCGGCAAAUGAGCUUCGCUACGAGGAGCUACAGCAGCCCAACCCCGCCCAGACUAACGGAUUGUCUUUCUAUGUUCUGGCUACUCUUUUUCUGAUUACUCUCCUAUUACAACUUAUGGCCUUCGUGAAGUUAGGCAGAAUCCAAAGCGACACCGAAGACCUGAAAAACAAUUGUUACGACCUAAUAAAGGGCGUGCUAGAACAAUUUGGUGCAUUGAUGAUACAAAUCCAACACUUUCGAAAAGAAAAUGAACAAGUAAGACCUGUUUUUGUUCAUCUGGCGGAGGAAAUCAGAAACGCCUCGGAAGAUCUUCAACGUUGUUUUCUGCAUCUUGUUGGUACGAUGGAAGACAAAUACACGUCUGGCAUGAUAGACCUAGACACGAAACUGGAGGAGGUCAGUCAACAACACCAGGGUCUCCUGAAAAAUACUCAAAAUUUCCCACAGAUUCCAAGACAGUUGGCCUGGCUUAACAUACUAAUGUCAAAAACCAUGUACAACGACGUACCUGAUGAAUUACGCGCGGAACAGCCCAUAAUGGAUCUAAACGAAAGUCUCACCACCGGCCAGACAAACCCAGCUUCCAAAUGCAAAACAGCGGAGAAUGCCAUCGGAGUUAUCACCUCAAACCGAGCUCUGGGUCUUGGGAAUGGGGAAGAAGGCUCAGUCCGACGCAAUGCCCAAGGCCUGGCCUAG